UACGGCAGCUGAGCUGGGCCCCAGGGAGAGGCUGCAUAGGUUGGGCCAGAGCAGGGCUCGCCGGGGGAGCAGACACUAUGACCACCAUGGAGGAAGAGGACCUGUCGGAGUAUUUCCGCAUGCAGUAUGGGCAGAAGCUCCUGAAGCUGCUGAUGAAAUUCCCAGCGCCGGAGGAGCAAUCCCCAUCGCCAUCCAUUCGGCUGCUGGAGAAGAAGAAAGAGGCCACACUGGUGCACAGGGCUAUGGAGGCUCAGAAGGAGGCUUUCCGGACAAGGAUGGAAGCCCUGAAUAACCGAUGGGAGGAGCUCAGGGCCAAGGAGAUUCAGCUGAAGGCUUAUAUAAAGAAAUUUGAGCAGUUCAUACAGGAAAAUGAUCAAAAGCGAAUUCGAGCCCUGAAGAAAGCCAACAAAGAGAAAGAGCUGAAGAAACAGAGGGUGAAGGAGCUGGCCAAGGCCAAGCUGGACAUGGCAGUCCUAAAACAGGAGCACCAGCGGCUCUCCAACAAGCUGCAGCAGUACUCCAUCUUCAACAAGUACCUGGAGAAAGUGGUCGAGGUGUCGGAGUUUGAGGAGAUACGGGAAGUCAUUGGCCGGUACAAGACGCUGGUGGGCAUGCACCAGGAUCUCAUGCAGUCGGCGCAGGAGGGGCUGGAGAUGAUCGAGCAGGCGAAGGUGCGCCUGUCGCACUACACGGAGGAGAAGGACGACGAGAUCCUGCAGCACAACAACAAGCUGGCGCGCCUGCAGAUGCGCUUCGACCGUGCCCGCAGCGAUGUCAUCGUCUGGGAGUCUCGCUGGGCCCACAUCCAGAACACAGCUGCCAAGAAAACCCUCAUGCUGGGCACCAUCAAGAUGGCCACCCUGAACCUCUUCCAGAGCGUGAGCAAGCAACUGAAGGAGACCUUGAGUGUGCCCGUGGAGGACACCCACAAGCAGCUGGAUAUGAUCCAGCAGUUCAUCCAGGACCUCUCCGACAUCUGGGCAGAGGUGAAAAAGAAAGACACCCAAAGCCGAUCAAUGAUAGUUGUGGUCAAGGACGUGUAAGGGAAACACCAACUGCCCCUGUUCUGCCAAGGGAAGGCUUGGCCAGCUGAGACAGGAAAGGAAAGGAUCUCCCACGGAUGCUGCAGACUGCACUUCAAUGCUCUCCAUCCUCCUGGCUCUGAGCUCCUAUGCAAACAGAGACCAGCCGUGUUAUAAAGACAAUGUAUUCUAAGAACCAUGUCGUUUUCAUGGGGUUUGUUCCUCGCAUUACAUUAAAAACCACCCCAUAGUGCCCUGACAUAGAGCUGGGGGAAUUUCUCCACUUACACUUUGUUGUUGAAAAAUAUAACAUAAGAACGGCCAUACUGGGUCA